GUGUCGACUUUGACAAGCACCGGUUGACCACUCCCCCUUCACCUUAUGCUCCCCACCCUGCGCGUAAUGUCCUCGUAUGCCCGCCUGAUCCGCUUCCUGCCUGCUGGCGCGAGCAAGCCGCUCAUCGGCGAGCCGGUCGACGCCGGCCUCGACGUCGGCAUCGCGACCUACGAGGGCAAGCCGGUCGAGGUCAACGUCUUGUCCGGCAGCAGUGUGCUGUCGCCUGGCGAGCGGACCGGCGCGACUGCGACGGUUGGCAAGCUGCUUUCCCCUCUCGCCGCGGAGGAGGUCGGCACGAUCCGCUGCAUCGGCUUGAACUACGUCGACCACGCAAAGGAGGCCAACCUGCCCAUUCCCUCCGUCCCGACGGUCUUCUACAAGCCCGCUACGGCGCUCGCGGACCCCUUCCCCGCGCCGACCGUCAUCCCGAAGUCCUUCGUCGCCGACAACGCAGCCGACUACGAGGCCGAGUUUGUCGUCGUGAUCGGCAAGACGGCGAAGAACGUGUCCGAGGCCAACGCGUGGGACUAUGUGGCCGGCUACACGGCCGCCAACGACGUGUCGUCCCGCGAGGCCCAGUUCGCGACCUCGCAGUGGAGCUACUCUAAGAGCUUUGACGGCGCCUGCCCGGUCGGCCCGGCCUUCGUCCCCGCUUCCCAGGUCAAGGACGUCACGCAGCUUGAGAUCCGCGGAGAGCUCAAUGGAAAGGUCGUGCAGAAGAGCAAACUUGACGACCUCAUCUUCGGCGUCCCCCGCAUCGUGUCUCACCUCUCGCAGGGCACGACCCUGCUGCCCGGCACCAUCAUCGUGACUGGAACCCCCGCCGGCGUCGGAUGGGCCGCGCAGCCGCGUACCCUCCUCCACGACGGCGACGAGUUCCGCGUCUUCCUCUCUGGCGGUGUUGGGACGCUCAUCAACAAGAUUGUCGAGGAGAAGUAGCAGGAGUUGGUUGAGACAGGUUCGGGCGCUCGCUCAGUGUGGGGCUGCGGUUCGAGGCAUAGAGACUACCGAUGAUGUAUGGUUUGCUGAGUGUCAAGCGAGGAUCAGUGUCUAACCCCCCUGUGCCACUCCGCCCCGUCUGUUUGCC